AUGGCGGGGCUGUCCCUACCGGGGUUGUUCGUGCCGUGGCUCUGCCUGCAGCUGAUGGGCACCGCAGCUUUCAACUUGGACGCUGCCAACACUCUGCUGAAGGACGGAACCCGGGGCAGCCUCUUCGGUUUCUCGGUGGCUUUACACCGGCAGCUCAGCCCCGAGCCGGCCAGCUGGCUGCUGGUGGGAGCCCCCCAGGCGCCGGCGCUGCCCAGCCAAGCGGCCAACAGGACGGGGGGGCUCUUUGCUUGCCCGCUGACCCCCGAGCCCUCCGACUGCUGGCGGGUGCCCAUUGAUGAGGGAGUGGAUCUGCAAAGAGAGAGCAAAGAGAACCAGUGGCUGGGGGUGAGCGUGAAGAGCCAGGGCGCUGGUGGCAAGAUCGUGACCUGUGCCCAUCGGUACGAAGCUCGGAACCGCGUGCAGCAGCCGCUGGAGACGAGGGAUGUGAUCGGGCGCUGCUUCGUGCUGAGCCAGGACCUCAGGGUGCACGACGAGCUGGAUGGUGGAGAGUGGAAGUUCUGCGAGGGGCGGCCGCAGGGCCACGACCGCUUCGGGUUCUGCCAGCAGGGCUUGGCUGCAGCAUUCAGCCCUGAUCAGCACUAUGUUCUGUUUGGGGCGCCCGGCACCUAUAAUUGGAAAGGGAACAUGCGUGUGGAGCUGCUAAACCAGAGCUCCCUCGAUCUCCUGCGCUACGACGACGGCCCCUAUGAAGCUGGGGGCGAGAAGGACCAGGACCCCUCGCUCAUCCCUGUGCCCGCCAACAGCUACUUCGGAUUCUCAGUGGAUUCGGGAGCGGGGCUGACGCGGCGCCGGGAGCUGAGCUUUGUCAGUGGGGCACCACGUGCCAACCACACGGGUGCUGUGGUCAUCCUGCGCCGUGACAGCGCGCACCGCCUGGUGCCUGAGGCUGUGCUGACCGGAGAGCAGCUCACAUCUGCCUUUGGCUACGCACUGGCAGUGCUGGACCUCAACAGCGAUGGCUGGAUGGACUUGGUGGUGGGGGCUCCCCACUUCUUCGAGCGCAAGGCUGAGAUCGGGGGGGCUGCCUAUGUCUACAUCAACCCCGCGGGGCACUGGGAUGCUGCCACCCCCCUGCGCCUCACUGGCACCCAUGGCUCCAUGUUUGGCAUCGCCCUGGGCACAGCUGGUGACCUCAACCUGGAUGGCUUUGAGGACCUGGCUGUGGGAGCCCCGUUUGAUGGUGCUGGCAAGGUGUACAUCUACCAUGGCAGCAAGUUGGGCAUCGUGGUGAAGCCGGCUCAGGUGCUGGAUGGGGAAGGCGUGGGGGUGACAACUUUUGGGUACGCGCUCUCUGGGGGGGUUGAUGUGGAUGGGAACCUCUACCCUGACCUGCUCGUUGGCUCCCUGUCUGACACUGUGGUGCUGUACAGAGCCCGUCCAGUGGUCUACAUCUCCCGGAACGUCUCCCUGCUCCCUGCCAACAUCGACCUGGAGCAGAGCAACUGCCAGCACCAGGAGGGCAUCUGCGUGGAUGUCCAAGCAUGCUUCAGCUAUACGGCCACCCCUGCCAGCUACAGCCCCCCCCCUGGCCCCUUCCCUCUCCCACCAGUGCUGGAAUACGUGCUUGAUGCCGACACGGAGCGCCGACGGUUGGGUCACCCCCCCCGUGUCACCUUCCUGGGCCGUCGGCCCUCGGAUCCUGAGCAUCAGUUCUCCCACACUGUGGAGCUGCCCCAGCAGCACGCACGCACCUGCACCACUGCCACCUUCCAGCUCCAGGACAGCAUCCGUGACAAACUGCGCCCCAUCGCCGUCACCCUUGCCUAUGGCAUCCAGGGGGCUGGGACACCACGGCGCAGUCGGAGUGCCACCCUGCCUCCCGUGCCCCCUGUGCUCAGCCCACAGCAACCCAGCAGCCACCGCACCGAGGUGCACUUUCUGAAACAGGGCUGCGGGGACGACAAGAUCUGCCAGAGCAACCUGCAGCUGCGCUUCCAGUUCUGCACCCGCCUGGGAGACGCUGAUUUCCUGCCCCUACCCAAGGGUGAGGAUGGCACCGCUAUCUUCGCCAUGAGCGACCAGAAGGACGUGGCCCUGGAGAUCCAUGUCACCAACAUGCCCUCGGACCCCACGGAGCCGCAGCGGGAUGGGGAUGAUGCCCACGAAGCUGUGCUCACUGCCCGCUUCCCCCAGGAGCUGCCCUACUCCGCCGUGCGACCCUACGAUGGCCGCACAGCACCGGACAAGCCAGUGGUGUGCCUUGCCAACCAGAACGGCUCGCAGGUGGAGUGUGAGCUGGGGAACCCCAUGAAACGUGGAGCCCAGGUGCGCUUCUACCUUAUCCUCAGCACUCUGGGCAUCACCCUGCAGACCACCGACCUGGCAGUGGAGCUGGCCCUGUCCACGAUCAGCGAGCAGCCAACCCUGGAGCCGGUGGUGGCCCGGGCGCGUGUGGUCAUCGAGCUGCCCCUCUCAGUGACGGGCGUGGCGGUGCCUCCCCGGCUCUUCUUUGGGGGGACAGUGAGGGGUGAGAGCGCGGUGCGGCGCGAGAGCCAGGUGGGCAGCGCUGUGCUCUUCGAGGUGACGGUGUCCAACCGGGGCCCGUCGCUGAAGACGUUAGGCUCAGCCUUCCUCAACCUGCUGUGGCCACACGAGCUCAGCAAUGGGAAGUGGCUGCUUUACCCGCUGCAGCUGGAGCUGCUGGCUGCACCGGGACUGCAGACAGUGUGCAGCCCUGCUGCCAAUCCCCUGCGCCUGGCGUUGGAGCCACCGGGAGAGGCUGAGGUCACCGAGGAGCCUGCUGUGGAGUCCUGGUGGGUGCCAGCGCCCGCUGAAAGGAGGAGGAACGUCACGCUGGACUGUGCCCAGGGCACUGCGCGCUGCAUGGCGUUCCGCUGCCCCCUCUACAGCUUCGAGCGCGCUGCUGUGCUGACUGCACGCGGGCGGCUCUGGAACAGCACCUUCCUGGAGGAAUACCUGGCCGUCACUUCGGUGGAGCUGAUUGUGCGCGCCAGCGUCUCGGUGACCUCUUCCAUCAAGAACCUGGUGCUGAAGGACGCUUCCACGCAGAUCCCUGUCACCAUCUACCUGGACCCCGGCGUGGCGGUGGCUGGCGGUGUGCCCUGGUGGGUCAUCCUGCUGGCUGUGCUGGCCGGCAUCCUGGUUCUGGCACUGCUGAUCUUCAUCCUCUGGAAGUUGGGCUUCUUCCGCCGGGCACGCUACGUGCCGCCGGCCGUGCCACAGUACCACGCUGUGAAGAUCCCACGGGAGGAGAGGCAGCAGUUCCGCGAGGAGAAGAUGGGCACCAUCCAGAGGAAGGAGUGGGCUGUGAACUGGAGCGAGCCCAGCGAUGGGCACGUCACCCCCAGCUCAGCAUAACCCCAGGGACACCGAUCAUGCUGCUGGACCGCAGGGGGCUGCUGCAUGCGGGACCCCCCCUCUGCUGCUGGCCAUGCCCUGAGGAAGGACCCUCUGGUGACAUUUGGGGAUGCACACAUACGUGUUGCUGUGCACGCCCGCCCUGACCGGGCACACUCAGAAUUGCUUGCAGUGGGACAGGACCGCAGGGACAGCUCGGCUCCAGGGCAUGGCUCGUCCCCAAAGGGAUGGCACAGCCCCACAGCUCAGCCCUACAGACUCAACCCCAUUGCACGGGGAUGGCUCUGCCCCCAGAGGCUGGCUUGUCCCCAAAGGGCACAAGGACAACUCAGCCCUAAGGGAUGGCCCUGCCCUAUAAGCAUGGCUCUGCACCAAGGUGGUGGCUUGUCCCAGAGGGUCAGCUCAGCUCCAUUGAACAGGGCAUGUCCCCCAGGGGAUGGCACUUCUCCAAAGUGAUGGCUUUUCCUCAAAGGGUACAGAGACUCAGCCCUAUAGGUAGAGCCCCAUCCUACGAGCAUGGCUUUAACCCUAAGUGAUGGCUCCUAAAGGGCCAGCUCAGCUCCACAGUACAGAGCUUGUCUCCAAGGUGCUGGCACGGCCACACAGGGCUGGCUUGCCCCUAAAGGGACAGAUUGUCCCCCCAAAGGACAGCUGUGCCCUACUGGGACAGCUCAACCCCCCAGGACCCUAUGGGCCUGGCUCUGCCCUAUUGGGCUGGCACAUCCCUACGGUGCUGCCAUAUCCCCCAAGGGCUCCUCAGCCCUAAACUGCUGCCUGUGCCCCCCUAGGAACAGCCCAGCCCCACGGCAGUGGCUCAGCCCCACGGCAGUGGCUCAGCCCCACAGGGACACCUCACCCCCCACGCAAGUGCCGCUCUUCCCAAUAAAAGGAGAA